GUGUUGCUAACGAGUCGGUGGAGGUAACCUCACCUCAUCCAUAAACCCCAAUUGCGUCCUUCCAUCCGUGUACUGUUUCAUCGUCUCCCCUUCUUCUUCCUCUGUCCGCUCGAGCCACCAACUGCUGCGUAUCCUAAUGCAAUCUCCUCUCCCGUCCCAUUAAUCGCUUGAAUCCCCCUUCUGCAAAACCCUUCUCUUGAGGACAUGGUGGUGGAGGAGGAGCGGAGAAGCGAGGCCGCCAAGAUGGGAAGACAAGAAGAGAGGGAGAUGGAGCUGUUGUUGGAUGAGAUCCCCCACGCGACGUCCACCCAUCGUCGCCUCUUCCAUUGCGGCGACGACUGUUGCGUCGACGGCCUCGAUGAGUUGCCGCCGCUCUGGGGGCCUGGGUGUGGAGCUGGGCUUGACCUUGGCCCCUCUUCGGAAGGGUCCUACUCCUCCUCCUCCUCCUCCGCGUCCGGAUCGGGCUUUCUCUCCGGCCGGCUGCCUGCGCCCUCUGCUGCGGAAGAAUCCGCCUUGCUCGACAAGCUUCAUGAUCUCCAUCUGGGAGUUGGUCCACGAGAACCAAUUGGUCCACCAAAUGAUCGCUGUGGCUUAGUGAUGGAAAGCUUGGUUCCGCGUGGCUAUGGCGCUUUUUGGGACCCUGUUCUUCCCAAUUCUCUGUCGUUUAAUGUGGAUAAGAACCCUUCUUUGGAUCAUUUGCUGCAGCAUUACUCUGUAGAUUCUUGUUCUGCAGAUCCGUGGAUCGAGAGUUGGCCAUGUGGAGCAAAAGAAUUGGGCACUAAUGGAGUUCUGGGAAGAAGUUCUCACCACAGGGGGAAUUAUGGGGGGGCUUUUGCCUCCUGUAUCGAUCAAUCUUAUCCGAUUCCUGAUACGUUCUUGCCGUCAGAGAAGAUUGGAGUAGAUUCCACUUGGAAUAGGAAGCCAUCGGAUGCCUCAAAGUCAUAUCACGACUCCCCAUCGUUGAAUGGACGAUGUACUGAUUCACCCUCUGUUAAACGACCUCAGCCAGUGAGAACUCAGAGAAACAUCGAGGCCUUUGGAUCCUUUGGAUUUGGGGACAGUUCGAUCGUACAGGGGAAGGGACUCUGCUACAUGAGCAACCGCCGAUGUGAUGAUCCCCGGACCGAAAUUAGAAUACCACAGUUUGAUGAAGAGUUGCAUGCGCAAGGAAUCUCUGUGAAACUUCCAGCUUUUCCACUGAAGUAUGAUCAUCUGAUGGGUGUCAGAGGAUGCAUGUGCGACAUUGCAAAGGACCAGCGUGGCUGUCGGUUCUUGCAGCGGAAGCUUGAUGAAGGGAAGCAUCAAGUGGAUUUGAUUUUUAAUGGUGUCAUUGAUCAUGCUGUGGAGCUCAUGGUCGAUCCAUUUGGGAAUUAUCUCAUGCAGAAGCUACUGGAAGUAUGCAGUGAAGAACAACUGAUGGAGAUCCUUCUUGUGUUGAAGGAAGAUCCAGCUGACUUUGUCAAAAUCUCCCUAAACAUUCAUGGGACAAGGGCGGUGCAGAAGUUGAUAGAUACCCUCAAAACUAGGCAGCAAAUUGUAUUGGUCAUAUCAGCCAUACAACCUGGGUUUCUAGAUCUCAUCAAGGACUUAAAUGGCAGCCAUGUGCUACAACAUUGCUUGGAAUCUUUUGCAGCUGAAGACAACAAGUUCAUCUUUGAUGCUGCUAUGGAGCAUUGUGUUGGAAUCGCAACACAUCGACAUGGAUGUUGUGUGUUGCAAAAAUAUAUAGCACAUUCUACUGGAGAUCAUCUGGCAAAGUUGGUUGCAGAAAUUUCUGCUAAUGGCUAUGAGCUUGCUAGGGAUCCUUUUGGAAACUAUGUCAUCCAAUAUGUUCUCGAUAUGAAAAACCCUUUAGCAGUUGCAAACUUGGUCGCUCAAUUUGAAGGGAAGUAUGUACAGCUUUCCACACAGAAAUUUAGCAGUAAUGUGGUGGAAAAAUGCCUGAAGACUUUUGGCGAAGAUGACCAAGCUACUAUAAUAGUUGAAUUGCUUUCGGUCUCUCACUUUGAGCAACUACUGCAAGAUCCUUAUGCAAACUAUGUCAUCCAAUCUGCUCUCGAAAAUUCCAAGGGUCAUCUCCGUGCUGCACUAGAAGAAGCCAUAUGCCCUCAUGCAGGGGCCCUGAGAACCAGUCCUUUCUGCAAGCGAAUCUUUUCACGGGCUUUACUGAAGAAGUGUUGUAGAAUUGGAAGUUGAGAUAUCGUUGUCGAUAGAAUCCACCUGCCAUCGAACUCUGGUUGUAAGUUUAUAGUUUCUCAUUUGUAAAAUUGCAAGAGUUGUGAUAAUAAGCAAUUUUGCUCCAAAUACUGUCUUUCUGCUGUAAUAUUCUGCUGUUAUGACUGUCCAGUCUAUAUCGCCCCUUACAGCUGGUGAUUGUACAAUGUAAAAACCGUACCCUUUUGCCCUUUUGUCGUUGAAAUUAAUGAAAGAUGUGCAGUGCUUUGAAUAGUCA